CUUUGGGGCGCCGAGAGCUCGCGGGGGGCGGCGAUUGCUCUGCGGGGGACGCGCCUCGCUCCUUCCCCGUCGCCUUCCCUCCGGAAGAACAUCCUGGGCCGGAAAAAUCCAUCGGGAAAACGCACCUGGCUCGGGAUGCGGCGCCGGGAAGCGGCGGGGCCCGGCGGCGGGCGCUGAGGAUCCCUCUGCAUGUGCCACCACCCCAGGGGACACCCCAAAGUCACCCCAAGGGACACCCCAAGGUCUUGAGGCCACACAGGGAAGCUUCAAGAUGAUCCUGAGGAGAGCCCAGGUCACCUGUGCCAGAAUUGCCUUUGCCCUCUGCCUCCAGCACCUCAUCAGCGCCAUCGAGGUCCCCCUGGACCUGCCGCAGCCCCCCACGAUCACCAAGCAAUCCAUCAAGGAUUACAUCGUGGAUCCCAGGGAUAACAUCUUCAUCGAAUGCGAAGCCAAAGGCAACCCCGUUCCCAUCUUCUCUUGGACGCGGAAUGGGAAGUUCUUCAACGUGGCCAAGGAUCCCAAGGUGUCCAUGAGGAGGAGAUCGGGGACUUUGGUCAUUGACUUCCACAGCGGGGGCCGGCCCGACGACUACGAGGGCGAGUACCAGUGCUUCGCCAGGAACGACUACGGGACAGCCCUUUCCAGCAAAAUCCACCUCCAGGUUUCCAAAUCUCCGCUGUGGCCCAAGGAGAAGGUGGAUGUCAUCGAGGUGGAUGAGGGUGCCCCGCUGAGCCUGCAGUGCAAUCCCCCACCUGGCCUCCCUGAGCCCGUCAUCUUCUGGAUGAGCAGCUCCAUGGAGCCCAUCCCGCAGGACAAGCGCGUGUCCCAGGGCCACAACGGGGACCUUUACUUCUCCAACGUGCUGGCGCAGGACGCGCUGACCGACUACAGCUGCAACGCCCGCUUCCACUUCACCCACACCAUCCAGCAGAAGAACCCCUACACCCUCAAGGUCAAAACCAAGAAGUCCCAUAACGAAACGUCUUUAGGAAAUUCCCCCGCCAUGUACCGCGCCCGAGGGAUCUCAGAAACCACUCCAAGCUUCAUGUAUCCCUACGGAACUUCCAGCAGCCAGAUGGUGCUCCGAGGGGUGGAUCUCCUGCUGGAAUGCAUCGCCUCCGGAGUACCAGCACCGGACAUCAUGUGGUACAAGAAAGGCGGGGAGCUCCCGGUGGGUAAAACCAAGCUGGAGAACUUCAACAAGGCCCUGCGCAUCUCCAACGUGUCCGAGGAGGACUCCGGGGAAUAUUUCUGCCUGGCCUCCAACAAGAUGGGCAGCAUCCGCCACACGAUCUCGGUGAGAGUGAAGGCUGCUCCCUACUGGCUGGAUGAGCCGGAGAACCUGAUCCUGGCCCCCGGCGAGGACGGCAGGCUGGUGUGCCGCGCCAACGGCAACCCCAAACCGUCCAUCCAGUGGCUGGUGAAUGGAGAGCCCAUCGAAUCAUCUCCGCCCAACCCGAGCCGGGAGGUGGCCGGGGACACCAUCGUGUUCCGGGACACGCAGAUCGGCAGCAGCGCCGUGUACCAAUGCAACGCGUCCAACGAGCACGGCUACCUGCUGGCCAACGCCUUCGUCAGCGUGCUGGAUGUUCCCCCCCGGAUCCUGGGCCCCCGGAACCAGCUGAUCAGGGUGAUCCAGAACAACAGGACGCGCCUGGAUUGUCCCUUUUUUGGAUCCCCCAUCCCUACCUUGCGCUGGUUUAAGAAUGGCCAGGGGAACACGCUGGAUGGAGGCAACUACAAAGCCCACGAGAAUGGGAGCUUAGAGAUGUUCAUGGCUCGGAAGGAGGACCAGGGAAUCUACACCUGCGUGGCCACCAACAUCCUGGGGAAAGCUGAGGCCCAGGUCCGCCUGGAGGUCAAAGACCCCACCAGGAUCGUGAGGGGCCCCGAGGACCAGGUAGUCAAGAGGGGCACCAUGCCCCGGCUCCACUGCCGCGUCAAGCACGACCCCACGCUGCGGCUCAUGGUCACCUGGCUCAAGGACGAUGCCCCCCUGUAUCUGGGGAACAGGAUGAAGAAGGAAGAGGAUGGUCUGACGAUCUAUGGCGUGACUGAGAAGGACCAGGGUGAUUACACGUGUGUGGCCAGCACGGAGCUGGACAAGGACUUGGCCAAGGCCUAUCUCACCGUGCUGGCCAUCCCUGCUAAUCGGUUGAAAGAUUUACCCAAAGCACGACCUGACCGGCCCCGGGACUUGGAGCUGACGGAUCUGGCUGAGAGGAGCGUGCGGCUGACGUGGAUCCCUGGCGACGACAACAACAGCCCCAUCACAGACUACAUUGUCCAGUUUGAGGAGGACCGCUUCCAGCCGGGAGUGUGGCACGACCACUCCAGGUAUCCCGGGAGCGUCAACUCGGCCGUGCUGAACCUGUCCCCAUACGUGAAUUACCAAUUCCGGGUGAUCGCCGUCAACGACGUGGGCAGCAGCGUGCCCAGCGAGCCCUCCGAGCGCUACCAGACCAACGGGGCACGUCCUGAAAUAAAUCCAACAGGAGUUCAAGGGGCAGGGACCCAAAAAAACAACAUGGAGAUAACGUGGACCCCUCUGAAUGCAACUCAGGCUUACGGGCCCAACCUCAGGUACAUCGUGAGGUGGCGGCGGCGGGACCCCCGCGGGAGCUGGUACAACGAGACCGUGCGGAGCGCCCGGCACGUGGUGUGGAACACGCCCAUCUUCGUCCCCUACGAGAUCAAGGUGCAGGCCGAGAACGACUUCGGCAGAGCCCCGGAGCCCGACACCUACAUCGGAUACUCCGGGGAGGAUUAUCCCAAGGCUGCACCCACGGAUGUCAGGAUCAGAGUGUUAAACAGCACUGCCAUAGCUCUGACCUGGACCCGGGUGCACCUGGACACCAUCCAGGGACAGCUCAAGGAGUACCGAGCCUAUUUCUGGAGAGACAGCAGCUUGCUGAAGAACCUGUGGGUCUCCAAAAAACGGCAGUUUGUGAGUUUUCCUGGAGACCGCAACCGGGGCAUCGUGUCCCGGCUGUUCCCUUACAGCAACUACAAGCUGGAGAUGGUGGUCACCAACGGCCGAGGGGACGGGCCCCGCAGCGAAAUGAAGGAAUUCCCCACCCCUGAAGGAGUGCCCAGCUCCCCCAGGUACCUGCGGAUCCGACAGCCCAACCUGGAAAUCAUCAACCUGGAGUGGGAUCACCCCGAACAUCCCAACGGGAUCAUCACGGGAUACACCCUCCAAUACCAGCCCUUUAACGGGUCCCGGAUGGGUAGGACGGUGGUGGAGAACCUGUCCCCCAACCAGACGAGGUUCACCCUGCAGAGGUCAGACCCCAUCUCCCGCUACCGCUUCAAGCUCCGCGCCCGCACCCAGGUGGGAGAGGGAGAGACCCUGACGGAGGACUCGCCGGCACUGCUGGAUGAAGAGGCAACUGGGCCACCUCCAACCGCAGUGGAGGAAACCAGUCCUGAAACCAGUCCUGAAACCACUCCUGAAACCAGUCCAACAGUCAGUCCUACAGUCAGCCCUACAACCAGUCCUACAACCACCCCAACCACCACCGACACCACAACCACAACAACCACCACCACAACCACCACAAGCGCCACCAGCACCGCCGCCAGCACCGCCGCCAGCACCAGCGCCGCUGCCGAGAGGGCUCCGGCAGCCACCACCAGGCACGAGUUGGCCGCCAAUGGAUCGUCCAUAUGGGACGUCAGAGCCAUGGCAAACAGUAACUGGGCAAACAUCACCUGGAGCCACAAUUUCUCGGCAGGAACUGACUUUGUGGUUAAGUAUAUCACCAGUAACAAGACAGAGAAAUCAAUCCCCGUUAAGGCUCAGGGCCCGUCCUCGGUGCAGCUGGCGGAUCUGACGCCGGGGAUGAUGUACAAGCUGUGGGUGUUCCCCAUAUGGUCCCACCCCAGCGAGCACUCGUACAUUACCUUUACCACCAGCUCAGCCUACACCAAGAACCAGGUGGACAUCGCCACGCAGGGCUGGUUCAUCGGCCUCAUGUGCGCCAUCGCCCUCCUGGUGCUCAUCCUCCUCAUCGUCUGCUUCAUCAAGAGGAGCCGCGGCGGGAAGUAUCCAGUGCGGGACAACAAGGACGAGCACCUCAAUCCCGAGGACAAGAACGUGGAGGACGGAUCCUUCGACUACAGGUCUCUUGAAAGCGAUGAAGACAACAAACCUCUUCCCAACAGCCAGACCUCGCUGGACGGGACGAUAAAGCAGCAGGAGAGCGAUGACAGCUUGGUGGACUACGGAGAAGGGGGCGAGGGCCAGUUCAACGAGGACGGCUCCUUCAUCGGCCAGUACACGGUCAAGAAGGACAAAGAGGAGACCGAGGGCAACGAGAGCUCCGAGGCCACGUCCCCUGUCAAUGCCAUUUAUUCCUUGGCAUAGCAAAAAUGCCGGGAAAAGCACCCACAGCCCGAGGGGUUCGGAGCGGCCGGGGGUUCCGCCGGCAGCCGCCGCCGCCGCUGCCUCCAACAGGAAAGGGAAUUGAGCAAGGACUGAAAAAAACAAACAAAAAAAAAAUAGAGAAAAAAAAUUAAAAUAGCAAAAAAAUACAAAAAAAAAAAAAAGGAAAAAAAAAAAAAAAAAAAAAUAUUCCAAGCAACGAGGCAGCCCAGGCGGCCGCCAAUGCCAUUUAUCCUUAGCAAACGAGCCAACGGCAAAGGACGCGCGGGGCGGGAGCCGGAGCGGGAAUCGGAGCUGAGCUGGAGCGGGUAGAGGGGAGGAGAUGCUUGAGCUGCUCACCAGUUUGGGCCUGCUCCCCAAUUUGGGCUGCUCCUCAGUUUCGGGGUUACUCCCCCAUUUUGGGGUUGCUCCUCAGUUUUGGGUUUACUCCCCCAUUUUGGGGUUGCUCCUCAGUUUUGGGGUUGCUUCCCAGUUGGGGGUUGCUCUCCAGCUUUGGGGUUGGUCCCCAGUUUUGGGGUUGGUCCCCAGUUUGGGACUGCCUCAGGACCAGUCUGGAGGGGCCCCGUGUUGGGCUCGGCUCCCCAAGGCUUUUUUUUUGUUCUUUUAGGAGGGAGCUCCUACAUUUUGGGUUUAAUUUUUCCAGGAAGGUUCUGGAUCAGAGGGGAAAGAAAUCAAAGGAUUUUGGGGAGGGAAGAGGGGUGAGAGGGGCCUGGGCAGAGCAAAGGCAUGGAAGGAGGGAAGGGGUGGAUUUUGGGGUGAAAACACCGGAUUAUUCAGCUGUCCAUCCUCACGGCAGCACCUUGCCCAUAACCUCUCCCAAAAACCCCUCCUUCCUUAAAAACCUAUGCAGGGAAGAGCAGGUCCCCACCACCUCCCUCAGCACCAGGAUUUGUCCUUGCUGAGGCUGGGAAAACCCACAGGGAGCUCAUCCCCCAUUCCCGUUGAGCUCCGGAGCAUCCCAGGAGGAGAAGAUGUUGUGGAGGGACUUUUGGGAUGUGUGGAAGGACAGGGAAGCGCCUCUCCCCUGCCAAGCCCGGGGUAACAUCACUGCAGAAAAACCUUUUUGGGUUUAAAUUUGCUUUGUAGGGAUUUUGGGGGGCAGCCACCCCCCCACCCCACACCUGCUUUCUUUCCAAGGCAACUCCAUAAAUCCAAUGUAGCAAAGAGGGCCUGGAAGAAGGAGCGGGAUCAGAAUAGGAUGAGGAGACCAAAAUGAGGAACGAAAAAAUAAUCCAAGCAAGCUGCUGAGGAUGGAAAAAAAACCCUGGGAUCAGGUGGAGGAUUCCCUGAAGGAUUCAGGGCCACACCACAAGGAAGGAACACCAGAAUGGAACCCACACCUCCACGGGCACUGGGAUGAACCGGACGCUGUUUUUCCCACUAAACCCCCUCCUCCUUUCUGACAGUGGCCUUUUCCCCCUCCAGCACUCAGCCAAGCCACCGUGGGAUCCCCAUCCCGCCUGGAGACUCCCAGGAUUUCAGUGACCCCCCCUGAGCGCUCCCUCACAUGCCUUACACAGCUUGGGACUUGCCGGGGAGUCACUCCAAGGAUGCUCUUCCCACUCCGCUUCCGCGCCCCCACGGCCUCGGAUCCGCCCGAGCAGUAGGAAUGGGGUAUCUGGGAGCGUUCCCAGCUCUCCCAGCACGGAUCAGGGUAGAAGGCAGGGAUUCCUGACGGACUGCGUCCCGUGAAUCCUCCCACUUCCUGCACUUUUGAAACCAAAGGUACCUUUGCGAAGAGAGAGAGAGAGAUCGAGUUUCUUUCAGAAAAGAUGGAUUUCUGGAUGGAUUUUCCUUUUGUUUCUUUCUUUUCUUUUUUUUUUUUUUUUUUCUGAGGAGGAUGGAGGUUUUUUUGGAUGGGAUGCAAUGGGAUUCACGCAGUUAUUCUUUCUGCUCUGGAGACACGUCGGUGACGGGGAUACUCCCACUGCUACAGAUUGUGGAGAGGGACUUUGCCACAUCCCGAUGGAUCCCAGGAAGAGCCCGGACUGGGCAGACAGGAGAGAUGGAUGCAAAUUAAUCCAAUGCAAAUGCCUUCCUUAAAAUAAUAAUUAUCAUUUA